AUGGCAUUACGCUACCGCAAUGCUUCCACGCUAAUUGGUUAUCUACGCUGGGUACCACAGCAACUCAUCAGAGAGUUCUAUCAAAUGGUUAUCGUAAAAGGAGUGAUCGCCAAUAAGCUGCAACUUGACCAGAACAAAAAUUUCGAAUUUGGUUUCAACACUUUCGAAAUAAAUCCACGCUCCCCAAAUUAUUGGCCCUACACAUGGCCGGAAAGAGAACAGUAG